AUGGCUAAAUUCGAUGCCCAGUCCAAUUUCGCAGGUUUGGCUGAGCUUCUGCCCAUGGUGGCCACGGACGACCGGACGGUGAUCAUCACGUCGGUGAACGAGGCGUUCGCGCGGUCGGGCUCCCUGCUGGGCCUCUUCCGUGAGAGCUUCUUCGCCGGCGAGAAGAUCGACCACUUCCUCAACCACCUGCUCGUCGUCGCCAUGGACCCCAUGGCCUACCGCCACUGCCGGACCGUGCACCGGUUCUGCUACCUCCUCCCGACGACGAAGACGUCCAUGGACCUGAGCUCCGCGAGCGACUUCAUGAGCGACGCGUACGUGGCGCUGGUGUGGACCAAGCUGGAGCUCCAGCAGCGCGUGCUCCAGCUCGGCUACAGCUUCCUGUUCACGGACGUGGACAUCCUGUGGUUCCGGGACCCGUUCCGGCACAUCGGCGUGCACGCGGACAUGGCGACGUCCUGCGACGUGUUCUCGGGCGACGCGGACGACCUCAGCAGCUGGCCCAACACGGGGUUCUACUACGUGAAGGCGACGAACCGGACGGUGGAGAUGCUGCGGCGGUGGCGGGCGGCGCGGCGGAGGUUCCCGCGGAACCACGAGCAGACCAUCUUCAACAACAUCAAGCACGAGCUCGCCGGCGCCGGCAGCGACCUGCGCAUACGCGUGCAGUUCCUCGACACGGCGCGCUUCGGCGGCUUCUGCCAGCUGUUCCGCAACGACAUGGCGAGGGCGUGCACCAUGCACGCCAACUGCUGCAUCGGCAUGGCGAACAAGGUCAGCGACCUCCGGGACGUGCUGGGGCAGUGGAGAAACUACACGGUGAUGGCGCCGGCGGAGAAGAUGAAGGCCAAGGCCGCCGGGAGGAGCUUCGAGUGGCGCGUCCCGGCCAAGUGCGGGACGCCCGACAAGAGGCCAUAG